UGCCGCCGCCGCGCAUGCGCCCCGCGCCCCCUCCAGCGGCCGUUGGCGGCGGCUGAGGCGCAGCUGAGGUGCCCUCCUCCAUUGUGCCCGCGGAGCUGUGCAGACAGUCCUCUUGUUCUGGGGCAUCGUCUCCAAGCUGGUGUGCUGGGGAGGAGGCCGUGUGCUCCAUGCGUGGGCUGGCCUGUUGUCAGCUCACCACAGAGGAAAACAGCGAUGGUCAUGCCCAGCUUGUGCCUGACAGCUCUUCCAUUUUGCUGCAGAAUUCCUUGAGGCGCGUUACUUGUACUGGACGUAAUUGCUCUGUCAGCUUUGAGGCGUUUUAUGGUUGCUUCAAUUUCAGUGUUUGGCUAGAACAAACAAAUCAGAAGUGAAUGAAUCACUUUAGCACGUUAUGGUUCACUGAAGUGAAGCAGCUAUCUUGUGCCUGUGCUCUGACCGACCACCCCUGCUUGUUUCUUGAGAAAUAGCUGGGCUGGGAUCCUUGAGCCCUUUUCCGAGGACUGGAACAUCAUCUCUGGACAGCUGCACUCUGCCAACAAAUAUUUCUAAAUGUUUAUAACUCGACCAGUAAAAUUGCUGUGCUGCUGCCAGCAAACAAUAGUGUGAUACAAACAAUAUGUACUUUUUUUUCGUCAGGGCAUUACUCUUCCAUGGAAAGUGUUAGGCUGCUGCCUACAGACUAACACCGGAUGAUGCCGUGAAUGAGGCACUUCCUUCAGCUUCCUUACAGCCGUUCUGGCUAGGAAGAGGAGUAGACUGGAGCUGAAGCAUGCUGACCUUCAAGACUUCUGCGAGACCUUCAUGUUUCUGCAGUGCACUAUCUUGACUGAAAAAAAUCUACUGCUAAAACUCAUUGCUGGUCUGUUUAAAAGCUGAGAACAGCCAAGGCUUGUAGCCAGGCAUUCAAAUCAGCCCAGACCGGUAUUUGCUGCAAAUUACACCUCUCUUCUCUCCUUGUCCCGACAGAUUAUAUCAUGCACUUCACAUACGUGUUCUUAAUAUUGCGUGUUACCUCUUCUAAUAUUACUCCCGUGUGUAACUCUACAAGCAUGCCAUGUGAACAUGCCAUCUGCCUCUUUCCAGAAGUAAGGAAAGGUACGUCGCUUGCAGCAGCAGUAGAGAAUAUUCUAAGCACACCGCACCGUAACCUGCCUGGCCAGCUGCUGCCACCUGAAUUGUAACUGCACGGAACACGGAGCUGUCAGCCACGCUGAGACCUAGAGCAAAAAUGUGUGUGAUCGCCUCAAGUCACUUCCUGCUCUUUCUGAUGCUUGAGGAGUUGCAUUUUUACUAAGGGGCACGGGUACCUUAAAAAUAUUCCAGAAGAACAGAAGUCCUGCACCCAGACGUGACUUAGGUUUUUAUUUUAAAAGUUUCUUACUUGUGUCAGUCGGCUUCCUCCAACACCAGUGCCCAGGAGCAGAAAUCGCAGGGAGCACUUGAAGAUUCACGCUGAGAAAGACAAACCAGCCAAUGGCUUCAGAAUCCUUGGUCUCCGAGCAGGGAAAGCAACAUCUGAUGAAGGGAAGAAGGAGGCCACAGCAGCAGCAAACGAGAUCUUCCACUGGUGAUGCUGAAGAUGACGUCUUCGUCUUUGAGGCAAAUGAGGCUUGGAAGGAUUUUCACAGCUCUCUUCUUCACUUCUUUGAAGCCGGAGAGCUCUGCGACGUGACGCUGAAGGUUGGUACAAAGCUCAUCUCCUGCCACAAACUGGUGCUAGCGUGCGUUAUACCUUACUUCAGAGCCAUGUUUCUUUCGGAAAUGGCUGAAGCCAAGCAGACUUUGAUUGAAAUCAGGGACUUUGAUGGUGACGCAGUAGAAGACCUCGUGAAGUUUGUGUACUCCUCCCGGCUUACACUGACUGUGGACAACGUCCAGCCGCUCCUGUAUGCUGCCUGCAUUCUUCAGGUGGAACUGGUGGCAAAGGCAUGCUGCGAGUACAUGAAGCUGCACUUCCAUCCCUCCAACUGCCUGGCGGUCAGGGCGUUCGCAGAGAGUCACAACCGCAUCGACUUGAUGGACAUGGCCGAUCAGUACGCCUGCGAACACUUCACUGAGGUGGUGGAAUGUGAAGACUUUGUGAGAAUCUCACCUCAGCACCUGCAUAAACUCUUGUCCUCCAAUGACCUGAACAUUGAAAAUGAAAAGCAAGUUUACAGUGCUGCUAUCAAGUGGCUGCUAGCCAAUCCCCAGCAUCAUGCUACGUGGCUGGAUGAAAUACUUGCACAGGUACGACUGCCUCUCUUGCCCAUUUGUUUCCUUAUGGGUGUGGUGGCAAAGGAAGAGAUUGUCAAGCAGAAUCUAAAAUGUAGGGAUUUGCUGGAUGAAGCAAGGAACUACCACCUUCACCUGAGCAGCAGGGCAGUGCCAGACUUUGAAUACUCCAUUCGCACAACACCAAGGAAGCAGACUGCUGGUGUGCUCUUCUGCGUCGGUGGUCGAGGAGGAUCAGGCGACCCAUUUCGCAGCAUUGAAUGUUACUCUAUAAAUAAGAACAACUGGUUCUUCGGCCCUGAAAUGAACAGCAGGAGAAGACACGUGGGUGUCAUCUCUGUGGGAGGUAAAGUCUAUGCAGUAGGCGGACAUGAUGGAAACGAACACUUAGGAAGCAUGGAAGUGUUUGAUCCUCUCACAAACAAGUGGAUGAUGAAGGCAUCGAUGAACACAAAGAGGAGAGGAAUCGCUCUUGCCUCCCUCGGCGGCCCCAUUUACGCAAUAGGAGGCUUAGAUGACAACACGUGCUUCAGCGACGUGGAAAGAUACGACAUUGAGUCUGAUCGAUGGAGUGCGAUAGCUCCCAUGAACACUCCCAGGGGAGGAGUUGGCUCCGUAGCCCUCAUGAACCACGUUUACGCAGUGGGUGGCAAUGACGGUGUAGCAUCUCUUUCCAGUGUGGAGAAAUACGAUCCCCACUUGGAUAAGUGGAUAGAAGUGAAAGAGAUGGGCCAGCGGAGAGCUGGCAACGGCGUCAGUGAGCUCCACGGGUGCCUGUACGUUGUUGGUGGCUUCGAUGACAACUCUCCGCUGAGCUCUGUGGAACGCUUUGACCCACGCAGCAACAAGUGGGAGUAUGUCGCAGAGCUUACGACCCCACGGGGUGGAGUCGGCAUCGCAACACUGAUGGGGAGAAUUUUUGCAGUGGGAGGUCACAACGGCAACGCGUACCUGAACACAGUGGAAGCAUUUGAUCCCAUAGUGAACAGGUGGGAGCUCGUCGGCUCUGUGUCGCACUGCAGGGCUGGGGCAGGCGUGGCUGUGUGCUCCUGCCUCAGCAGCCAGAUCCGUGACGUGGGCCAAGGAUCCAGCAACGUUGUUGAUUGCAUGUGAGCUCUGCUGCCUCCAAACUCCAGAGGAGUCAUUGUACAGAGGCACUACAGAGCUUUUAAAUUCAGUGUUUUGUGUGGUAGGUUAAGAAAUAAACACUAUACAUUUUCUCUGUGAAAAUGUUACCUUCUGUGACUUUCAGGCUUUGGGUGGCUUUCUGACAACAGCUAUACAGAAAAGCCUGUGAAAACACGGAAUAACAGUGUGACUUACAGGAGAAAACCUGCCAAAAGCUGUAAUCAUCCCGUCUUGGAGAAGCUGCAAUUUCAGAGUCAGUGGAGGCAGCUGCUGCAGCGACUCGCUAUUGAACUGUAAACCAGGCAUGGGAGGGUGAGGAAGAGAGAGCAGCAGGCAGUGCUACCAAGCCCUACCCGACAGCCCUGCUGCAUGUUUCUGAAGGACCAGAGUGCUGUUUAUUAAUGUAACUUAUUUUCAGGAUUCAAGUCUUAAGCAUUUCCGAUGUGUAGAAGAGCACUGAAACACAAAGCCUUCCAAGUUUUAGAAGGUAACGACAUCCGUGUUUCUCACGAAGCUAACUGGAGUACAGAAGUUAACUGCACACCUCCCAGGGGACUGCUGGCUGUGGUGGGAACUGCAGGUCUUUCUCAGGCCCACACACUUGUUAGAAAGCUGAAAUUUAGCCUCGGCCUGAAUUUAGCCACUGGACUACUCAAAUUAUUUUAUCCUCAAUAAAAUCUGUGGUAGUGACACCCUCCAAAAGACAAAUUUCUAUGGAGAGAUCAUUCCCAAAGUAACCAAUGUAAUCUGGCCUUGAGAUGCGUCCCAAAAUGUAGGCUUCAGUGGUCUCAGAAUUACCCUUUUCAGACUAAAGGGAAACAUAAUGAAGUUGCAGUGUUGGGUUAAGACCUUUAAAUGCAGCUCUAGGAGAUGACACAUCCAAUUUCAGUACCCAGUGACAAGGCUGGGGUAACAGUAGGGGUGCUGGCUCUUUUAAGAUCAUUCAGCUACAAAGAUCUCUCCUCAAAGCAGUUUCACGGCUUAAAGCUCAAAUAAACCAAAGAGAACCAGCAGCAAGAACAAAUGGCAACGAGCAGUACUUACCGUAGAGACUGAAACAGGAACUUGACCCUGCUCCAUGCAAAGACAUCUUGUCACGCAGUCACAAACCUGAGCGCGAGGUCAAGUCUGGCUGGAAAGACCGCGGUGUCCUGCUCUGCAUCACCGCCAACAAGCCGAGACUGAUGCCCCAUGGUGAGCAGGGCCCCACGGGGCCACCGUGUUCGUGGCCAGGGAGCGCAGCAAACUUCUGUGCCUUCAGUACCAGGGACGAGGUGCGACCGCACCAGCAUAAAAGCACAGCCACCUUUCGCUGUUGUGUUACCAUCAGUUAGCUUUGCAGUUUCAAACAGCUUGCACGUGGUUAGCACCCAGGGACAUAACAAACGGUACUGUAAAUAAUUAAACACUGCAAUAAAUAAAAUGUUUGUACUUCGCCUUG